AUGUCGCCUCCGCCUCCACCGGCGUCCCCCUCCACGGAGGAGCUCGAGGCCGAUCUCUCUGCCGCCACGAUCAGCAAGAAGCAGCUCAACAAGGAGGCCCGGAAGGCCGCAAAGGCUGCGAAGGCUGAAAAGGCAGGGAAGAAGACCGAAAAGUUUGAGGCGGUAGAAGCUGACCCCUUCGCGGCCAACUACGGCUACCAUGAGAUCCAGUCCAAGGGCAUCCCCGGCCGGUCCUGGACCGACAUCGGUGACCUCGACGAGGCCGCGGCCGGCCGCUCCGUGCUGGUCCGCGGAUUUGCGGAGAGGUUCCGCCCGGUCAGCAAUAAGAUGACCUUCAUCGUGCUGCGCAAGAAGAUGAGCACCGUGCAGUGCGUGCUCGUCGCGAACGCCGACGCCGGCGUCAGCACGCAGAUGGUGCGGUUCGCCACCUCACUCAGCAGGGAGAGCGUCAUUGACGUCGAGGGCGUCGUCUCCGUCCCCAAGGAGCCCCUCAAGUCUACGACACAGCAGGUGGAGAUUCAGGUCAGGAAGGUCUACUGCAUCAGCGGGGCGAUCGCCGCACUUCCAUUCAACCUCGAGGAUGCAGUCCGUAGUGAAGCAGAAUUUGAGAAGGCUGAGCAGGACGGGGAGAAGCUUGUGCGUGUUCUCCAGGACACAGGGUUGAACUAUCGAGUUGUCGAGCUGCGGACAGCCACGAACCAGGCAACCUUCCGUAUCCAAUCCGAAGUUGAAAUGAUAUUCAGAGAAUAUUUGUACUCAAAGAGUUUUAUUGGGGUCCACUCUCCCAAGUUGAUUUCUGGAUCAAGUGAAGGCGGUGCAGCUGUAUUCGAGCUACAGUACCAUGGCCAGCCUGCUUGUUUAGCCCAGUCUCCUCAGUUAUACAAGCAGAUGUGUAUUUCUGGUGGUUUUGUCCGUGUGUUUGAGGUUGGUUCCAUAUUUAGAGCAGAGAAUUCAAACACCCACAGGCAUCUGUGUGAGUUUACUGGACUAGAUGCAGAAAUGGAGAUUAAUGAGCAUUACUUUGAGGUUUGUGAUAUUAUAGAUGGCUUAUUCGUAGCAAUAUUCAAACACUUGAAUGAAAAUUGUAAGAAUCUACUCGAGAUAAUAAACAAGCAGUAUCCAUUUGAACCACUCAAGUACCUUGAGAAAACCUUGAAGAUAACGUACGAGGAAGGGAUUCAAAUGCUGAAGGACGCUGGAACUGAAAUCGAACCUAUGAGUGACCUCAACACUGAAGCUGAGAAAAAACUUGGUCGGCUUGUUAAGGAGAAGUAUGGCACAGAAUUUUUCAUCCUCUAUCGGUAUCCUUUGGCCGUGCGCCCUUUCUACACCAUGCCUUGCUAUGAGGACCCUGCUUACAGUAACUCUUUCGAUGUCUUCAUCCGAGGCGAGGAAAUCAUUUCUGGAGCUCAAAGAAUUCACACGCAUGAGUUGCUGAGGAAACGUGCAAUCGAGUGUGGAAUUGAUACGAGUACUAUAUCAUCAUACAUUGAAUCAUUCAGUUAUGGUGUUCCUCCUCAUGGCGGUUUCGGUGUCGGGUUAGAGAGAGUGGUGAUGCUUUUCUGCGCGCUUAACAACAUCAGGAAGACAUCGCUUUUCCCUCGCGACCCGCAGAGGCUCACGCCAUAA